CGGCCAGUCGGAUGCUCUGCUGGAAUGCCUGGGAGAGAGAGCAUCCUCACUGUCUGUUACUGAAAAAGAGAGAGAGAGAGGGAGGGAGAGAAAGAGAGAGGUAGAGAGAGAGAGAGAGAGAGAGAGAGAGAGGUCCAGCGGGAAAGAGGUGGAGGAGAGAGGAAGCGUGGUGGCGGUAGGAGAGAGGAGCAGACAUGGCUUCUAAAGAGAUCUCAGCCUUUGGUUUCGUCAGUGUGACCAAGGAUAUGACAGAAAGCAUCCGGAAGAUUAUUGAUAAAUCAUCCAUCAAGUUCAUUUGUAGCAUUAAGCUUGACACCAAAAACGGUAAAACAGAGGACAGGAUUCUGGUCCUCACAACAUGGCGUCUCUAUUUCCUGGCUCCAAAGAUUCCGGCUAAGGUCGAAACCACGUUCAACUUCUUGGAGAUUCGAGCUUUGAAUUCUCACCCUGAUCACCAGGUUAUUAUCGACACCGACAAGUCCGGUUACACCCUGAGGUUCGAGUCCCGCGAACACCUCAAUCAUGUGGUCAGCCAUAUUAAUUUCGCCCUGUCCCGAAUAUUCAACAAUUCCAUCUUUGCCCCAUCCAUCUGUCACUCAGACAGCGACCUUUCGGAGGGCAGCAGGAAGUAUUCGCCCAGCUCGGAGACUUCAGUGGAAACCCAGAGGGCCUGUGGAGGCUUCUCAGAGACCUACGCUGCUCUGUGCGACUAUAAUGGCAUCAGCUGCAAGGAGGAAGUGCAGUGGGAUGUGGACACUAUCUAUCACUCCCAGGACAGCCGAGAGUUUAACCUGCUGGACUUCAGCCACUUGGAGAGCAGGGAUUUGGCGGUGAUUGUUGCAUCAAUGGCAUAUAACACCUGGUUCACCAAACUGUACUGCAGAGACCUUCGCAUAGGGUCAGAGGUCACUGAGCAGGUCCUGCACACGGUCAGCAAAUCUUCCAGCCUUGAGGAGAUCACUCUGGAGAACGCCGGGUUGAAAUCAGACUUCCCUCAAAAGAUGGCCGCUGCUCUUUCAGAGAACCCAGCUUCUGUUAUCCACUCCGUUAAUUUGGCCCACAAUUCACUGGACAACCAAGGUGUGUCCAGCUUAAUCCAGCAGGUGAGUCGCCUUAGCAAGGGACUUCGUCUCCUCAAUCUGUCCAAGACUUCACUUACGUCAAAGGGCGUCGUGUCUCUCUCUCAGGCUCUGUGCUCCAGUGAUGAAUACUCCAACUCCCUCCUGCACCUGGACCUGAGCAAGAAUCCCGGGGUCCUCUCAGGGGAGGACGCCUCGAACUUUUAUCUCUUCUUGUCUCAGCCAAACUGCCUGGUCCACUUGGAUCUGUCGGCCACGGACUGCUCCGUCGACUCUCUAUUUGGGGCUCUUCUGAGGGGGUGUUGCGCUGAUCUUUCCUUUCUCAAUCUGUCCAAAAAUACCUUCUCGCACAGGAAAGUGAAGGAUACGCUGCCGUUGUUCCGUCAGUUCUUCAGCUCGGCCUUCAGCCUCACUCAUGUCAGCUUCGCGUCUAUGAAGCUGCCCCCGGACGUUCUGAGAGCGGUACUGUCGGGGCUGACCACCAAUCCUCACAUCACCGACCUUCAUCUGGACAUCAGCGGCUGCGAGCUGAGGUCUGCGGGAGCCGCCGUAAUCCAGGAGCUCUUCCCCCGGGUCUUCUCUGUCGCCACGCUGGACAUCUCCGACAACGGUCUCGAUGCAGACUUGCUCACAGUGCUGCCUGCCCUUUCGAGACACCCUUCCCUAAAACACCUUCAUCUGGGCAAGAACUUCAACAUCAAAAACAGGGUUCUGGACGAAGUCUUGCAGAAGCUGGUUUCACUCAUGCAGGAGGAGGAAUGCGCCCUGCAGUCUCUGUCCCUGGUGGACUCGCGCCUGCGCUCCCGGGGGACCGUGCUGGUCAACGCGUUGGGCAGCAACACCUGCCUGAGAAAAGUGGACCUCAGCGGAAACAACAUGGACGACAUUGGGGCCAAGAUGCUCAGCAAAGCCCUGCAGAUCAACACGACGCUCAGGAGUGUGACAUGGGAUCGCAACAACACCUCCGCUGCAGGAUUUCUCGACGUGGCCCGAGCCCUGGAACAUAAUUUUACCUUGCAGUACAUGCCUCUGCCCCUAAGUGACAUCAGCCAGGCGUACCGCAGCGCUCCGGAGAAGACAGAGCAAGCCCUCACUAAGAUCCAGCGCGCUCUGGUCAGGAACAACCAGACGCAGCGCUUCUCCCAGAGGCAGGCUCUGCGGCUGCACCAGGGCUUGGUCACCAGCACCGCCGAACAGGUGAUGGAGCGCCUCUGCGUGCGCGUCCAGCAGCAGCUUUGCUUGUUGCGAGGCGCCGGAGAGCUGGAGGAGAUUCAAGCCGCCAAACAAGUCCUGAAAGAGGCCAGGAACUCUCGAGCUCUCUACCCGUCGCUGUGCGAGCUGGCCCACGUGCUGUCUGUGGACGGGCCCGUGCGGCAGAGAUUGGACUCCCUGGCCGGCGAACUCGCCAAAGCCGCCGAUAAGGAGCUGCAGGUGAUCGUCGACUCCAUGGUGUCACUCUGCCGCGAGCUCUGUCCUUUAUCAUCGUCUGCGGCAGAGAGAUUAAGCCCUCCGCUCUCGUCCGUCUCCGAGCGGGUGUCCAUCCCUCGCUCCGCCAUCCGCACCGCCCUCAUGGAAAGAGCAGCGCAGGACAUUCACAGGGCUUUGGAAGAAGUGAAGCUGUCCGUGGUUUCCUAUCUCACCAACUCCAUCGUGGACCAAAUCCUGCAGGAGCUCUACGCCACCCACAAGACUCUGACCCGGCAGGUGUCUCAUCUAAAAUGCUGGGAAGGGACGUGUGAAGAUGGGACAGCGUGGAGUUUUAACAGACACAGAGACUCCCUGGACAUCACAGAUGAAGAGCUCGGCACCAGCAUAGACACGAUUGCCAUUAAGAAGCGCAGCUCCAGAACGAGGAGAAUACGACCCGUCUCCACCAGGCUGAGCUUGUGUGACGACUCCAGCUCCUCUCCGCCUCCCUCUGGGCCGUCGUACUCCUCGCCGCUGUCCCACUCGGCGUCCUGGGAAGGCCUGUCGGAGCUGCCCACGCAGGGUCUGCCGCUGCGCCACGUGACGCGCGUUCGGCCGAGGCCUCCCCGGAGGCACAGGGGAGGACACAUCACCGCGGAAACACACUGCAGUGAAAAUGGAGGAAUAAGCCCUCUGGACGACGGACUCCCAGAUUUUUAUACAAAACGAGUUUUACCUGACAGUCAGCUUUCCUCCCUGCAUAAAGCACACUCUCUGAGGAGGAAGAAAAGGAGGAACAUGCUGGCCAUCUUUGGCUUCCGUAGGAACCGCAGCCAGACCCUGUCCAAUCAGGGGCCGGAGUCAGAGGUGGAGGUCUACGGAGAUGGGUGUCACACGGUUGCUACGGCGCCCACGGGGACAGCAAUGGAGAAUGUAUACACACUCCUCCAAGCUCCGCGGCCAGCCGCCAAGUCUCCCAGCGACGGGGCCGACGGGAAAAUGAAUGAUCAACAGGGAAAAGGCGCUCUUAUCCUGAGUCCGCCACCGGUGCCGGGGAUCCCUCACCCAGGCAUGGGAGGAGGAAAACACCCCUUCUACUCUCCCCAAGAGAUCUCUGAAAUGGACGCCGUGUUCGAGCAGCCAGGGGAGACGGAUAAGUACUGGGUGGACGACAAACAGCGGACAGAAGUGCUGGAGGCGGAAGCGGACUGGAUGAUCGAGAGCCGGCCGGGCGAGACGCCGGCAGAGAGGCAGCGCUUUGACGAGAGGACCCCCGGAGAGCCGAGGACGUCCGACAGACAGAGCGACAGGUACUGGGCCGAGAGCAGGCCCGUGGAGAGGCAGUGGACCGUCGACAGGCACACCCAGCGCCAGAUCGACAGGAAGAUAGAGAGGCAGUGGAUGGGCGGCAGGCAGAUUGAAAGGUCGUGGUCUGAGAGCAGACCCGUGGACUUACAGGUGGACAGUCAGUGGACGGGGCGAAAGCAGGACAGACAAGUCCAGCCGCUUCAUUUGGCUCAAAGGCCGCUGCCUCCGUACCCGUCGGAAAGGACGCCGUCGCCCAAACAGGAGGGAGGUGACCUGUUGAAGAGCAGCGCAGAGGCAGCAGCCAUAGAGUGGCAUCCCCAGGACCCGCAGGGAGACGGAGGGGGUCCAGCAGAUGGGUGGAGGAGCGGCGGAGAGGCAGGGGGAGGCCGGAAACCAGAACCCCCACCGCAGAGCAGCAAACCCAACGUGACCCGACUGCGGCCAAGACACAGGAGGGAGAGUUCAGACGCCCUGCCAGAGGAGGAAGGCGAUGAAGAGAGGGAUGCUGGGAAGACAGAGAGGAGAGAGAGAAGACGAGAUUCCGAGGGUCAGCCUCCUCCCAUUCCCGAAAAGCCAAAGACCUCCUCCUACGUGACCUUUUCUAAAGAAUCGGCGAAUGAAAGGAACUUGCCUCCUCCUCCGGUGCCGCCUCCCGCCAUCAAGCCGAUCCACGGGCUCCCAGGCAGAGCGGCGAGUCAAGGCGACGAAGGACUGAGACCUCAGGCUCCUGCGAAGCCGCAGAGGAACAGAAAGGCAAUGUCCUGUGAUGCAGGCUCUGAAAGAGAAAGCCCCAAUAACAUUGAGAAGCCCCCAAAUCGCAAACCCCCCGUGAAAAAACCUAGACUACCACAAAACAGAAACAAGUCUCUGGACUUGUCUGACAGCUUCAACGCCGCACCCGGUCACAGCGAGCUGGUGUGACGGCUGACAAUCCCAGGGUUGCCAUGACAGCGGCGGAGGGCGAAGAGCGCAGGGCCUAGGAGGGAAGACGACCAACAUCGCGAAGCAUCGCCUUGGUUUCUGUUGAAGCGCUCCCUCUGCCUCCCGCUUAAUUUCCCGCGUCGGAACCCGCAGUCUUUUUGAAAACAGCAUUUGCUACCUUAGAGAAGUAAACGAUCGUCGCCGUGUGUGUCGCUGGAAAGCGGGCCUAGCGCUCGAAUGUCGUGGCUUUUUUUUUCUUUUCUUUUAUGGCCAGAAGAUAAACGUCUUCAUUAGAAUGUGGUUUUUCUCUUUAUUUUUGGAUUUUAUUUUUGAAUUUGCAAUGCAUUUAUUCGCUGAUCCAGUUGACUGCCUUGAUUGACACUUGAAAAAUUAGUUGCUUCUUAUCAAAUGAAACCUGAUGAUUUUUAUCUAGUUUUGCUUUCAGGAAAGGUAAUAUAUUUUAUAGAUGAAAUAAAUAUUAUGUAUGAGCACCCUCACGUUAUCAAUUAAACAUGAAUAAAAGAAAAGGUGAACUUCUUCUA